UCAGAUUCAUUAUAACAAAAACUAAAUACAUUUCGUCUUGUAUAACACCGCUAAAUACAAGAAUUUGUAAAGUAAAUUAAUGGAAAAUCAAUUCAAUCCUAUCGAAAUAUAUAAUAGAAAUUUAUUUUAAACAAAUUUAUGUGGAAAUUAGGAACAAUUUUGACCUUAAUUUGAGAAAAAAAUUGGUAGGAGGAACGAAGUCGAGCAAUGGAGAAAACUGAGAAAGUCAAUGGCUUAUUAUCGGAGUAAUUGUCUGCUGUAUUAACUUCCCUAAGGACACUCUGGAAGAAUGUCCCACCAUCAUGGAACGGUCUUCUCGAUCCUUGUGGCAGUAACUGGGAAGGAAUUACCUGCAAUGGUUCCCGGGUGAUUUCGAUAACUUUAUCGAGCAUGGGGCUCGAGGGCAGACUGUCAGGCGAUAUAGGAGGAUUAACUGAACUACAAACCCUUGACCUAUCCUAUAACAAGGGACUCACUGGUACUCUUCCUGAAGCCAUCGGGUCAUUAACAAAACUGACAAACUUGAUCCUGGUUGCCUGCAAUUUCAUUGGCAAAAUUCCAGAUGGUAUAGGAUUUUUGACAGAGCUGAAAUUUUUAUCUUUGAAUUCUAAUGGUUUUAGUGGGACAAUACCAAGAUCAAUUGGCAGGCUUUCCAAGCUCUAUUGGCUUGAUCUAGCUGAAAACAAGCUUACUGGAACUUUACCCGUCUCUAACGGGACUACACCUGGUCUUGAUAUGUUACAUCAAUGCAAGCACUUUCACUUUGGAAGAAAUCAACUCUCUGGUUCAAUCCCCUCAAAGCUUCUCCAUGAAAAUAUGACUUUGAUUCACUUGCUUUUGGAUAACAAUCAGUUUGAAGGCAGUCUCCCUCCAACCGUAGGUUUAGUGAAAUCGAUGGAGGUUUUACGAUUGGAUUGGAAUAAGUUCACCGGGUCUAUCCCUUCAAACAUCAGCAAUCUUACUAACGUCACUGAUUUGCUUUUAUCCAACAACGAACUGUCCGGGACUUUGCCUGACCUCACUGGCAUGAACAUUACCAGUUACUUAGACAUGAGCAACAACACUUUUGAUCCAUCUGAUGUUCCGUCAUGGUUCACUGCCUUGCCAUCUUUGACUACAUUAAUCAUGGAAGACACUAAACUUCAAGGUGAAGUUCCAGUUGAAUUAUUUAGCCUCCCUCAGUUACAGAAAGUGGUAUUAAAGAAAAACAGGAUCAGUGGCACAUUUAAUAUGGGUACUAAACCUAGUUCACAACUUCGAACAGUUGAUAUGCAGAACAACAAUAUCAGUUUAUACACAGCGGGACAAAAAAAUGAUAUCCAACUAAUUCUUUUCGGCAAUCCAAUUUGUUCGGAAAAUGUUUCCGAAGAGAAAUACUGCGCUCAACCUCAGCAAUCCAAAGUCUCAUAUGCAACUCCGCAAGAUUGCACACCCGAUGCUUGUGAUGCAAACAAAAUAUCCAGCCCUAAAUGCCAGUGUGCUUAUCCAUACACCGGAACCCUUGUAUUUAGAGCCCCUAAAUUCUCCGACUUGGAAAAGUCCUCUUACUAUAAAGACUUAGAGAACAAACUAAUGAAAACCUUCAACUCCGAAAAGGUUCCUGUUGAUUCGGUGUCUAUCAGUAAUAUAAGCAGAACUCCAUCAAAUUAUCUUCAAAUGACCUUACAGGUGUUCCCUCUGGGUCUAGAUCGCUUUAACAGGACAGCAGUAUCAGCUGUCGGCUUCAUACUUAGUAAUCAAACUUUUAAACCACCGGAUUAUUUUGGUCCGUUCUAUUUCACUGGUAGUAUAUAUACAACCUUUGCAGUGGAAUUUAUACGUGAACAAAAGAAAACACUCAGCAUGGCUGCUAUUGUUGGGAUUGCGGUUGGAGGUGCUGCGUUAUUGUUAACACUGUUGUGCGCUGGUGUUUUUUUUUUCUGUCGUAAGAAGAGGGCUGGUAAAACCGGGGAGGCGACAAAUAAUUUAGGCCUCACGUCAGCGUCAUCGUGGGUGUCUCCUGGGAGUUCUGCUAGCAGUUUGCCUUUGGCAGGUUCAAGGGUGUUUUCACUCGAAGAGAUAAAGAAGAUGACUAAUAAUUUCUCAGAACUUAAUGUCAUUGGUUCUGGGACCUACGGGAAGGUUUACAGGGGUACACACACAAAUGGGCAACUAGUUGCUAUUAAAAGAGCAGAAAAAGGUUCAUCACAGGGCGACCUUGAGUUCAGAACUGAAAUCGAGCUUCUUUCAAGAGUUCAUCACAAGAACCUGGUCAGACUUUUUGGUUUCUGUUUGGAGAAAGGAGAACUCAUAUUGGUCUAUGAGUAUGUACCAAAUGGUACUCUGAAAGAUAGUCUCUCAGGAAAGUCAGGAAUAAGAUUAGAUUGGAGAAGGCGAAUCAAGGUAGCUGUUGGUGCAGCAAGAGGUCUGGCUUACUUACAUGAACUUGCUAACCCACCCAUUAUACACAGGGAUAUCAAAUCGAACAACAUCCUGCUUGAUGAAAACUUGAAUGCUAAAGUUUCAGAUUUUGGAUUAUCCAAAACUCUGAUUGAUGUUGGAAAGGGUCAUAUUACCACUGAAGUGAAGGGCACAAUGGGAUACUUGGAUCCAGAAUAUUACAUGACUCAAAAGUUAAACGAGAAAAGUGACAUAUACAGCUUCGGGGUGCUGAUGUUAGAGCUCAUCACAGGGAAAGCACCAAUCGACAGAGGAAGGUACAUCGUUAGAGAAGUAAGGAACGCCAUUGAUAGAGCCGAAGAUCUUUAUGGCCUUCAUGAGUUUUUGGACCCGAGUAUUGGUCUAGGAACCUCGUUAAAGGGGUUCGAAAAGUAUGUGGAUUUAGCUCUCACUUGUGUCGAAGAAUCAGGACCGGAUCGUCCUAUCAUGGGAGAGGUCGUUAAACAACUCGAGGAGAUAUUACAGAUGGCUGGUUUGAAUCCUUAUAGUGAUUCAACAAAGAGUUCUGAUACAUUUCCUCGAAGGAAUUCGAGACAUCUUUAUGGGGAUGAAUCUCUUAACAAUUACAGUGGACAAUUCCCACGUUGAUUAUCGUUUCGAUAGGUUUCGCCAAGACUGUUAAGUUACAACUUACAAGGGUCAUGUAAAUAUAUAGCACAAAUUGUUGUAUGAGAAGAUGACACCGAGAGACGUGCCUUAUACUUGGUUGUAUGAGUCAUCUAAUAUAUUAUAAGAACAUGAACUCCUUGUUUAAGAUCAUCUCACUUAGAGACGGUCUGUUACAAGACUAGCUGCUCCAUAUAUAGAUGGAAUGUGUUAUUUGUUGUGUUUGUGUGAUUGCAUGUGAAAAUUACAUAGUUUGGCUUCAGGGGAGGAUCCAUAUCAAUUCAUUGCUGUCAAUUGGAGAUAAGUUGGUAUCUGAUACUACUCUUUGAUCUUCCCCACAACAAACCAAUGUUCGACGCCUACACUCAACAAGAACCAUAGCAUCUUUUUAGUUUUUUAUUUUCUAAAACUCUUCUUCUUUGGUAAAUACUUCCCACCUCCCUUUUCUCUUUUUCAAAUUAGAAAUUAACUUUUAGAAGUAUAUUUUAUGUAU